UUCGGAAAAACGGAUUGUUUUCCGCAUUCACCGAUUUGCAUCCCACAAGCUGCUUUCUUCAUAAGAAAGAUCGCCACGGGGCCGUUAUCACGCUCUGAGGCGCGUGCCAUUAUGUCACGCUUUGAUUCAUAUUCACGUGAGGAGCAAAAAGCUUUAAUCAAUGGUUUCUUGGGAAUGAUCUAUGAUAAUUAUGAUACGACACGACGUAUUCAAAGUACUGUUGAUGGUAUCAAUCGUAUUGUUAUCACAAUUCUUGUCAUUCUACUCCUCUGUGCUACUAUUGGUUUAUUAUCAGCUUGCGUGAUGGGAUGUCGAAGGUAUCAACAUUAUACCUUCCAAAGCCUACAUGGUCCUAAAUCAGAACCUAUCGAAAUAUGA